UAUAUCAACGUCAAGUGUCCAUUCACUACUAACCGUUUUUCUGAAACUCCGCUGCUCGCUCUCUAUCUCCCUCCAAAUGCCGAAGUGAAAAAAAUCCCUAACUUCUCCACUGCAAACCUGAAAGCCUAAAUCAUCAAAUUCGAACCGACUCAACUCUAUGGACACUCACUCUCACUUAACUGCACCUAAUCGCUCUCGCAGCUCUCAAUCUCCGUCUCCUUCGCACUCGGCCUCGGCCUCGGCCUCCGCAACCUCUUCCAUCCACAAACGGAAACUCGCCGCGGCUGCGGCGGGGGACGACGACCACUUGCCGCCAUUUGCUCCGUCUUCUCUCUCCGCAGACACUCGCGAUGGCGCUCUCACCUCCAACGACGACCUUGAGAGCAUCUCCGCUCGCGGCGCCGACUCUGACUCCGAUGACGCUGAAGAUUCCGACACCGUCCUUGACGAUGAAGAUGAAGACUUCGACAACGAUUCCUCCAUGAGAACGUUCACCACAGCCCGCCUCGACACCACUAACCCCGCUGGCAGCAGCAGCCGGAACACGAAGAUCAAAAUGGAGAACACGAAUGUCAAGAUUGAAAAUUCUGAUAGCGGGAAGGACGGUGGGCACACAGGGACUGGUGCAGUGGGGCCUGCUGCAGCGGGGAGUUCUGGGCCAGGGAUUGUGGUGAAGGAGGAUUCUGUUAAAAUAUUUACGGAAAAUUUGCAGGCAAGUGGAGCUUAUAGCGCGAGAGAAGAGAGUUUGAAGAGAGAGGAGGAAGCAGGAAAACUCAAGUUUGUCUGUUAUUCAAAUGAUGAUGUUGAUGAGCAUAUGGUUUGGCUGAUAGGAUUGAAGAAUAUAUUUGCGAGGCAAUUGCCUAACAUGCCCAAGGAGUACAUAGUUCGACUUGUGAUGGAUAGAAGCCACAAAUCUGUGAUGAUUAUUAGACGCAAUCAGGUGGUUGGUGGUAUCACUUAUCGUCCAUAUGUCAGUCAGAGGUUUGGGGAGAUAGCUUUUUGUGCAAUCACCGCAGAUGAACAAGUAAAAGGUUAUGGUACGAGAUUGAUGAAUCACUUAAAGCAGCAUGCACGUGAUGUUGAUGGGUUGACACAUUUCCUGACGUAUGCUGACAAUAAUGCUGUUGGCUAUUUUAUCAAGCAGGGUUUCACAAAAGAGAUUUACUUGGAGAAAGAUCGAUGGCAAGGGUAUAUUAAAGACUAUGAUGGAGGUAUCUUAAUGGAAUGCAAGAUUGAUCAAAAACUUCCUUACACUGACUUAUCAACCAUGAUUCGUCGUCAGAGACAGGCAAUUGAUGAAAAGAUAAGAGAGCUAUCCAAUUGUCAUAUCAUCUAUCCUGGAAUUGAUUUUCAAAAGAAAGAAGCUGGUAUUCCCAAGAAAAUCAUCAAAGUCGAGGAUAUUCCUGGCUUGAGGGAGGCUGGGUGGACUCCUGAUCAAUGGGGCCAUUCACGUUUCAGAACAUUAAACUCUGCUUCGGAUAGUGCCACAAAUCAAAAAUAUUUGACUGCAUUUAUGCGCUCACUUUUAAAGUCAAUGCAUGACCAUGUGGAUGCUUGGCCGUUUAAGGAACCAGUUGAUGCUCGGGAUGUCCCUGAUUAUUAUGACAUCAUCAAGGAUCCCAUGGAUCUGAAGACGAUGUCAAAAAGGGUAGAGUCAGAACAAUACUAUGUAACACUUGAGAUGUUCAUUGCUGAUGUUAAGAGGAUGUGUGCCAAUGCACGGACAUACAACUCACCUGAUACCAUUUAUUACAAGUGUGCAACCAGGCAUGCUCAUCCACUUGUGCUCUCUGUUUUAGCCCCCCCCCCAAUUCCUGGUUCCAACUUUAUUAUAUUUACGUUCAUUAUGCAGGCUGGAAGCCUAUUUUCAAAGCAAAGUUCAGUCAGGCAUCCAAUCUGGUACAAAAAUUCUGCCAUGACGUGCUCAACGAACAGUUCUUAGGAGAUCAAUGUUUACUAAAUUUAGCCUACGCAUUGCGUGGAUUGCAACGAGCACUUCUGUGAUUCAAUAUGCAUCUUUAUCAUAGUGCAUGUUUUGAUGCGAAAUCAUGCUCAAAUUUAGUUUCAUUUUUCCCUUUCCUUAUUCAAAUUUUGAGGGUCCUUUCAAAAUGCCACCUGUUCUAGCAUAUUGCCAGAAGAAAUUUGGAAGAGCGGGUUUGCCUUUGGCAGUUGUCAGGUUCUAGAACUGCAAGAGGAACCAAUUAUUUUCUAGAACCUUUGUUUGGAUGGUCACAACUUUUUACCAAGUUUGGCGGGCGUGCAUCCAUCAAUGGCGGGCCUUUUGAGAGUUGAUUGAGACCAUUGUUGCUAUUUUUCAGGGAUGGCAACGAUGAUGUUACCAUAUUUUUGGUAUUCUAUCCUAUCGUUUCUACCAAAUAACAAUAUACAACCUGGAAGCUGAUUUUUUUUAUUUUAACCCAGAGCCGGCUCCACUAUUUGUGAUGACGCUAGUUGCUGAAGGGGAACUUGAAAUCCACUUUCGGGUGGGAAAGCGAAGAAAUUAGGAAUUGCUACACUUGCAUGAGGAAAAUAAGUUUUAAUGCCAUCGUGAAAUGUCUUCCAUCUUCAAAAUCUAACAUGCAAGGAUAAUUACAACGGCCCCUUGAAUGGAGAUCGUUAUAAGCAAUGCUCCUAUUGACACGCUAUGUUGCAUAAACAUGUCCCGCGUCUAGAU